UGCACUCAGCUUAUUGUAGUUAGUCCUACUAACACCAAUUGUUGACUUAAUGAAACAUUUGAAUGUUGAUCUUUUCCUUCAUUAAACCCCUUCUACUGAGAUUCCGUGGAGGGACCGCAACCGCAAUCGAUCGACCGAUUCAUCAAUCUCCUUUCUCGACGUCACCGUCGGUCAUUUCAUACCUCUAAUGCCGUGUUUGAGUUAACAAACUCGCAUAAUCGCAUCCUUUUUAUCGUCUUCAUCUGAAACUGAGAGGCGAAAACAUGUUCUUAGCACUAUGAAGGACCUGCACCAGUACCUCGUCUCAUUCCUCGUCGGGGUUGUGACGACGACGGCUUGUUUGUUGCUGUUCCUGUCGGCGGAUUUAGGCCGAAGAUCGUCGACCACUCUCUCACCUUCGGCUCCGAAAAUUGCUUCAAGUGUUGAUCCUCUCAAUAGAACAGUGUUUGCUUUUGCUAGCAAAGAGGCUAACACAACAAGGAAGGCACAUCACACUCAAAAGCGAAGAACACCAGAAUCUGAAGAUCUACCAAAGCUACUAAAAAGAGCAGCUGCAGGCAACAACAAGACAGUCCUGAUGACAGCAGUUAAUGAAGCAUGGGCUGCGCCAAACUCCCUCCUCGACCUCUUCCUCGAAAGUUUCCGCCGCGGCGAGAACAUUGAGCAUCUCCUGAACCAUCUCAUCAUCGUCGCGAUGGACCCGAAAGCGUACGACCGGUGCCGCUCUAUUCAUCCUCUCUGCUACUAUCUAAUAUCGGCGGACGCUACCGACUUCGCCUCGGAGCAGAACUACAUGAAGAAAAACUACCUGGAGAUGAUGUGGCGGCGGAAUAAGUUCCAGCAAAGUGUUCUGGAGUUAGGGUACAACUUUUUGUUCACGGACGUGGACAUCCUCUGGUUCCGGAGCCCCUUCCAACACCUCUCGCCCUCCGUUGAUCUCACCAUGGGGGCCGAUUUCUUCGUCGGUGAUCCGAGCUCCUUAGGAAACUACCCUAACGGCGGAUUACUCUACGUAAAAUCGUCGCGGACCACGAUCGCAUUGUACGAGCACUGGCAACAGGCGAGGGAGAGGUUUCCGAACGCGCACGAGCAGUACACUUUCAACAAGGUCAAGGGCGAGUUCGCGGCGUGCUGCAACGCCAAGAUCCGGUUCCUGGACACUGCUUAUUUCGGCGGUUUUUGUCAGCAUGGGAAGGACUUGAGCAGGAUCUGCACCAUGCACGCGAACUGCUGCGAGGGGCUCGAAAACAAGCUUUACGAUCUGCGACAUGUUCUCGAGGAUUGGAAGGCUUACAAAGCUCGAAUACUCGAGGCGAAAAUCGGCGAGUUUUCGUGGAGGGUUCCAGGAAGAUGUAUACAUUGAGUAGUUUUUUUCGAACACAAGUUAUAGUGAUAACUUGCUUGUUCACGAGUACUUUCUUUUCUAUUUUUUCAUCGACUGUAAUAUAUUAUGUUAGUUUUGCUUUAAGUAUUUUGCGAAUUUAUUGGAUUAUGAGAAAA